AUGGCCAAGGGCAAUCGUGAUUUUAUUUAUGUGGAUUAUGAACGGAUCAUUGAUGUCCUGCAGCCCGGAAAUUUGAUAUAUAUAAAUGAUGGAGCCUUGGUAUUGGUGGUAAAAGAAUUGGGUGUGGAUUGUGUUCUUUGUCAAAUACGACGUGGAGGCAUGUUGGGUUCACGCAAGAAAAUAAAUUUACCCGGCAUCAAUGUGGACCUGCCAGCUGUAUCGGAAAAAGAUCAAAAUGAUUUGAAAUUUGCUGUGAAAAAUAAUUUCGAUAUGAUUUUUGCUUCAUCAACACGAAAUACAGAGGCCUUGCGGGAAAUUCGUUCAGUGUUGGGUACGAAGGGUAAAGAAUUGAAGUUAAUAGCAAAAAUCGAUUCUCAGCAGGGUCUAGAAAAUAUUAAUGAAAUUCUCUGCACCGCUGAUGGCAUACUUUUUGAUCGUGCUGAUUUGUCAAUAGAAAUUCCAGCAGCAAAAAUAUUUCUAGCUCAAAAAGCCAUUGCCGAACGUUGUAAUCGUUUGGGUAAGCCCUUUAUAAUUGCAUCCCAAUUGCUUACAUCAAUGUGUCAAAAAACGACACCCACACGCUCCGAAGUGGCCGAUUUAGGAAAUUCGAUAUUAGAUGGUGCCGAUUGUGUUAUGCUUUCUGCAGAAACAGCCAUAGGAAGAUAUCCUGUAGAAUCUGUUGCCACUAUGGAUGGUAUAAUUCGUGAAUUUGAAUUAAUUGCAUUUCAUGAUAAUCAAUUGCGGGAUAUCCCCUUGACAUUGGAUCCCGUUAAUACGCUUGCCAUAUCGGCCGUAAAUGCUGCCAAUAAAACUAUGGCUUCGGCAAUUAUUGUUUUAACAACUUCCGGCCGGUCGGCACAUUCAGUGGCAAAAUAUCAUCCCAAAUGUCCGAUAUUGGCCGUAACCAGAUGUUCCCGUGCAUUUCGUCAAUGUUUUCUUUAUCGUGGUAUUGUUCCAAUGCUUUAUACAGAUAAACUUGCUGACAAUUGGUUGGAGGCUAUAGAUGCCCGCAUACAAUUCGCCUUGAAUGUCGCCAAACUCAUGCAGAUUGUAAAAACGGGAGAUACAGUUCUAAUUGUAUCACCUUGGAAAGAUGGUGCUGGUUUUACAAAUAAUCUACGUUUAAUUUAUGCCUAUUUUGAACAGGAUGAUGUAGAUUGUGUGCUGCAGGAUGAACGGAAAUCAACAAAGAAAUUGAUUUAA